AUGCGCCAUAGUUCAUACGGCCUUGUUUCAGCGACUUUAGCGCCUGCUGAACCGGUACUCUGUCCGGAGUCUAUCAAUGGACGCACAUUCGAUUACAUCAUCGUUGGUGGUGGAGUGGCUGGUUUAGUAUUGGCCAACAGGCUGACCGAAAAUGCAAACACUACUGUUGUUGUCUUGGAAGCAGGCACACAUGCUGAAGAAAUCUCGGGGAACUGGUCGCAAGUCCCAGCUUAUGCCAGCAAAUUCAAUGGGGGCGCGCCUGCGAUGUCCUGGAAUUUCUCCACAACGCCUCAACCUGGGCUCAACAACGACACGCAUCAAUAUUUCAGAGGCAAAGCGUUGGGCGGAAGCAGUGCCAUCAACUAUAUGGCUUACGCACAAACUGCUAAGGGGGCUCAUCAAGCCUGGGCGUACGCUGUCAACGACCAAUCCUACACGUACGAAAACAUGCUUCAAUACUACAAAAAGACGUUGAACUACACCAUGCAGCCACAUGCAACACGGCUGGAGAAUGCGACUGUUGAAUACAACCCUGCUGAUAUGAGUACCGGAGGUGAACUUCAGGUAACAUAUCCUGCCUACACGCAGUCCUGGAGCACGUGGGUCUCGAAAGGCUUGGCAGCAAUUGGUGUGCCUGAGGUUGGAGCUUUCAUUAAUGGAAAUCUCUUAGGGCACACCUGGCAGCUCAGCACGAUCAGAGCAUCCGAUAGCCACCGUUCCGACUCCGACACUGCCUACCUCCGGCCUGUUAUGAGUCGGCCAAACUUGUCGGUCUUUCAAUUUACUAUGGCCGAACGUAUCAUUUUUGAAAACAAGAUCGCAAAGGGGGUUGCAUUUACCUCCACAGCUAUGGGUUGCAUUGGAACUGCACUCGCUUCCAAGGAAGUUAUCCUUUCGGCCGGUGUUUUCCAGUCACCCCAGCUCUUACAGGUUUCAGGGGUGGGGCCCAAAGACCUCUUGGAAAAGAAUGGUAUCAAAGUCGUUGCCGAUGUGCCUGGCGUCGGUCAAGGCAUGAGAGAUCAUAUGACGAUCUUUGCCUCAUACGAGGUAGAUGUCUUGACCAGUACUGCUUUGAGCAACGCAGAGUAUCUUAACGACGCCAUAAAAGAGUUUAACGAAAACGCUUCGGGUCCUCUAUCAAGUCCUGGUGGUGAUCUUGUCGGUGGCGAAAAGAUACCCGCUCAGCUACGAAAAGGAUUCGCAGCUGAGACAAAAGAGUAUCUUUCUUCUUACCCUGAUGAUUGGCCUGAGAUUCUUUUCAACGUCUUUCCAGGUGGUGUUUCUGCCGCAAAUGGAGCCAGUGGUAAGAACUUUGCGACACUUCAAGCAACACUGGUGGCGCCUCAUUCCCGUGGCACAGUCACCAUUCAGUCAUCUGAGAUGAGUGAUGCACCAAUCAUUAAUCCCAACUGGUUGACAGAGAAUUCUGAUAUCGAUGUUCUGGUUGCUGGCUUCAAGCGCGUUCGUGAGGUGCUGAACAGUUCUGCCAUGGCGCCCGUUCUGAAGGGCGGCGAAGUUUUCCCUGGCCCUUCUGUUGAAACGGACGAGGAUAUACGUGCAUACAUUGCGAGAUCCAGCAGUCCUCUCUAUCAUGCAUUCGCUACCAACCGAAUGGGCAACGGGUCUGAUCCAAACGCCGUGGUAGACAGUCGUGGAAGAGUCGUCGGAGUAUCCAGGCUUAGAGUGAUAGAUUCUUCAUCCUUUCCGUUUCUUCCACCUGGCCCCGCGCCUCAGAUACAGGUUUAUACCUUGGCAGAGAAGCUUGCUGAUGAUAUCAAGAAUACUCAGUACUGA